AUGAAAGCCAGGCCACAGGAACUUCCCUGGUGGAAUAUUGGCAAUUCUUAUGCUGUUCAUGGCAUUGAAUGCUUAGGUGAUGGACUAGCUGAUCUGGUAGAACAGGGACUUGGGGUUUUUCUGAAAGCAAGACCCGAAGCAAAAGAGGGCACAAUAGGCAAAGAUCUCGCGGAUUCGUUCAAUCUGCCUCUCUCUUUUAUCCCACUCUAUCUGAGAUUCAACAAGUGUUGGAUUCAUUUGAUCAGGAUCUGA